CUGUCUCCGUGCUAUCAGGAGUCCCACCUGCUUCUCAGAGCUACCCACAGAGGAGAAGCCGUUCCUCAAGGGUGACUGACUGGCAACAGAAGAGAGGAUGGCAAGUCGACUAUGUAGCUCCUUUAAGGAACCGGAGAUCGAGUUGUUUGUGAAGGCUGGCUUAGAUGGAGAAAACAUUGGGAACUGCCCCUUCUGUCAGAGCCUUUUCAUGGUGCUGUGGCUCAAAGGUGUCCGAUUCAAUGUGACAACAGUUGACAUUACCAGGAAACCAGAAGAGCUGAAGAAUCUGGCUCCUGGGAUAAAACCUCCAUUCUUGGUGUUCAACAAGGAGCUAAAAACCGACUUCCUGAAGAUCGAGGACUUCCUGGAACAGACCCUGGCCCCUCCCAAGUACCCUCAACUCGCCCCCAAAUACAAGGAUUCUCUGCAUGUCGGCGCAGACAUCUUCGCCAAGUUCUCCGCUUACAUCAAGAACCCUCAUAAGGAAGCAAACAAGAAUCUGGAGAAAGCUUUGCUGAGAGAGUUCAAGCGCCUGGAUGAUUAUCUGAACACCCCACUCCCCGAGGAAAUCGACCAAGACAGCACCGAGGAAGUGGUGGUCUCCAGGAGGAAAUUCCUGGACGGGGACUGGAUGACAUUAGCUGAUUGCAACCUCCUGCCCAAACUCAACAUCAUCAAGAUCGCUGCAAAAACAUACCGCAACUUUGAGAUCCCGCGGGAGAUGACAGCAGUGUGGCGCUACCUCCAGAACGCUUAUGCUCGCGAUGAGUUCAGCCACACGUGCCCAGCAGAUGGAGAGAUUGAGCGCACCUACACCAGCGUGGCCAAGAAGAUGAGCUAAGGAUGAGGCAGCCAGGGUGACGUCUGGACUUUCCAGCUCUCCAUCCAAGCUGGGGGUGCUCAUCGGGAAGCCGCUUUCGUCGUGUUGACUUCAAGAGAGCCCCCUGGCCUGGUCGCUCCAGCAUACUAGACCUCAAGGAGUCCUUCGGCCUGUUUAGAAAACAACUUUGCCUGUGGUUUCUGCUGCCCCACCUGUCUUCUUCCCACAGGUUGGCUGUUAUCUAUGCAUCUCGUAUCUUAGUGUGCAUGUGUUAUACAUACCACUUUGUGAGAACGGAAGCAGCUGAUCGCUCAUUAUUAUGAAAUGGAGAUGCGUAAGGCUCUGUGUGCUCUAUUGC